CUGCCCAAAGCUGUGGGCUUGAACCACUCAGGCUCUCACAACAAGGAAGUGACCGACUAACCAGCAGACUAGUUGUCAAGAUGGCACCGAGUGGGCUGAAGGCGGUAGUAGGAGAAAAAAUCCUCAACGGGGUCAUCAAGAGUGUUAAGAAGGAUGGAGAAUGGAAGGUUCUCAUUGUGGAUCACAUGAGCAUGCGGAUUCUGUCCUCUUGCUGCAAGAUGUCUGACAUUUUGGCAGAGGGGGUGACCAUUGUGGAGGACAUCAAUAAACGAAGGGAGCCCAUCUCUAGUCUGGAGGCCAUUUAUUUGAUUUCACCUGUGGAGAAGUCUGUUCGUGCUCUCAUUAACGAUUUCAAAGACGCUGCCUUUACUUACAAAGCAGCACACAUCUUCUUCACUGACACUUGUCCAGAUGGUCUCUUCGCGGAGAUUGGCAGAGCCAGAGUUGCCAAGGUCGUCAAGACUUUAAAAGAGAUCAACGUUGCUUUCCUGCCAUAUGAGUCUCAGGUUUUCUCCCUGGAUGAUCCGACCUCCUUGUUCUCCUUCUAUAGUUCUAAGCCAAAUGAAGAAAAAGAAAAAAUGAUGGAAAAUCUGGCAGAGCAGAUCGCAACCCUGUGUGAUACACUUAAGGAGUACCCUGCAAUCCGUUACCGCAAGGGACCAGAGGAAAAUGCUAGACUGGCUGAGGAGGUCUACCGGCGCCUUACUGCUCACAAAGCUGACAACCCAAGCAUGGGAGAGGGUGCAGAUAAGGCGCGAUCCCAGCUACUGAUUGUUGAUCGUGGCUUUGAUCCCAUCUCACCUAUUCUACAUGAGUUGACCUUGCAGGCAAUGGCCUACGACUUGCUAGAUAUCAAACAGGACAUCUAUGCUUAUCAGACAACCGGCAUUGGGAAUUCAAACGAGAGAGAAGUGUUAUUGGACGAAGAUGAUGAGCUCUGGGUUCAGCUCAGACAUAUGCACAUUGCAGAUGUCACUAAGAAAGUGACAGAGCUUCUUCGUUCCUUUUGUGAGAGCAAGAGAAUGUGCACUGACAAUGCCAACAUAAAAGAUCUCUCUCAGAUGUUAAAGAAGAUGCCACAGUAUCAGAAGGAGCUGAGCAUGUACUCUACUCACUUGCACCUAGCUGAAGCUUGUAUGAAGAAAUUCAAGGCCUCUCUUGAUAAGCUUUGUGAAGUGGAACAGGACUUGGCAAUGGGAGCCAAUGCAGAAGGGGAACCUCUGAAGGAUGCCAUGAAGAGCAUUGUCCCUGUGCUCCUCAACAAUGAAAUUGAGGCAUAUGACAAAAUCCGCAUCAUACUGCUGUACAUAUUCCACAAGAAAACAGGCAUUGGGGAGGAAAACCUUGCCAAGCUCAUCCAGCAUGCAAACAUACAGGCGGAUAGCAACAUCAUCACCAACCUGCAGAACCUGGGCUGUAACAUAAUAGCUGGGGGCCGCAAUGCUGGGAAAACUCUGACAGAUCGGAGGGAGCGCACAGAGAGCACAUAUCAGCUCUCAAGAUGGACACCCAUCAUCAAAGACAUCAUGGAGAGUGCCAUAGAGGACAAACUGGACAGGAAGCAGUGGCCAUUCAUCUCUGAUCCUGCUCCCAUCAACACAACUCAGACUGCAGUCAGCAGUGCACGUUUUGGACACUGGCACAAAAAUAAAACUCCAACAGAAUAUCGCUCUGGCCCUCGGCUUAUUAUAUUUGUGAUUGGUGGGGUGUCACACUCAGAGAUGCGCUCUGCCUAUGAAGUCACUCGAGCCACCGAUGGGAAAUGGGAAGUACUGAUUGGGUCAUCUCAUAUCCUGACUCCAACCAGCUUCCUCAAUGACCUGAAGAGUCUGGACAAAGUUCCUAAUCCUGAUUGUUAGUUUGACGGCGAACAGGGAAGAGCACACUGGAAUCAGGGUCUUUCAUUUGAAAUGAUGGAUUGCUGGUCUUCUGUUGCAGCAUCUAUGACGUUUGAAGUGAGGCAUUUUAGAUGUAUCCAUGGAAGAAAACAUUUGUGAUUCUUUAUUUUAGAAUGUUCUUUUUAUUGUUUGUUAUGAAUUGGGUUCUGUAUACUGCUGUGAUGGAAAUUGUAUUAAAAUAUUUAAUUAGAUUAUUAAUAUUUUGAUUAUUUUACCAAUAUCAUUCAAAUAGUUAUUUUUGUUACUACAAUAAAUAUUUGAUUUCCCUAAUUUUGCACUCAAGCAAUUGCGUCAUUGCCUUAAAACUGGAUCAUCUUGCACCAAAAAUCUUAUUGAGCCUAAUGUAGAUGUAUAUACGUCAGUAGAAGUAUGUAUUGUAUAUUCUUUUUUUCUCAAGGUACCUUUUUUUUUCCUCCCUUAUCUGGGGAAUUUCAUCUCAGACAGAAUGUCUCAACUGCUGUUUAAUGAAAUCUUGCACACUUAUCAUGUACUUUAAUAUAUUGCUGGGAGCAUGUGUGGUGGGUGUUUGUUUCUUUGUUGUUUAAAAAGAGUAAUAAAAGAAACAUAAUAUUCACUUUAAA